UUUAUUAUUGUGACAAAAUGUAGGUAGUUUUUCUUCUCAGUCUUUUUCUUUUCAGUCCUAAAGGCAUUUUAGCCUUUGUCAUGGCUAAGGAGCUUUACUUGGACCCAACCAACCCCUGCAGUUAAGGAAUUAUAUAUUUAGUUUUGAUUUAACUAGUAUGAGCCAAGGUGAAGAGUUUAAAUGGACAAGAGCAGUUUGGAUGGAAGGAGAUGAUGAGGAAGAAGGCACUAUCCUUACUAAAUGGGUUCAGGGUGAAUUUAUUAGAUGGCCUGUUAAAGUUAAUGCAUUAAGAGCUUUAUCAGAAGGUAGAUCCCCUAACAAAAAUUGGUUGAAGUUUGAUCUGGUUAAACUAAAAUGUUGUUCAAAUGAUCGUCAUACUUGUGAAGAUUUCAACUUUACCACAGAUGCAGAUGGUUGUAACUCACCUCCAAAAUAUAAACAUGGUAGGCUUGUAUUUUUGUGACUUAUGAAAGUUUCCUUCCCAAACAAUGAGGCAUUCUAAAAGAGCCUUAAUAAAUUACGUUUUGAAUAAUUAAAUUAUCAAAAGAUUUCUAGUUCAAGUGUUUACACUUAAGUGCUUUUAGUUCCCAGAAUGUUUAAGAGAAAACGUAGGUAGCAAUUUUGAGAAAAAAUUUGUCUUGUCCAAAAAAUUAA